CGCGUCCGGAACAAAGGUCGAUUCGGAAACGUGAGCCCCAGAGCAGCUCCUCCCAUGACGCCGGGACGCUUCCGGCCGUUUGAUUGGCUGGGCUUCGGAGUGGCUGUCGGGACGUUCUGGGGUUCCAUGUGCAGAAACUGCAACACAAUUGCGUAUUUCUCAUGGGCUAUACAAGCCAUCUAUUAGCCAACCCAUUUAACAGUCUGCCUGCAUGCAAUAAAAGAUCUACCAAUCUGAACUGCACACAUACAAGGUUGUUCAGCCAGAAAGAUGAAGUUAAUCCUCUCCCGUGUUAUAAAUGGAUGUCGCCAUGGUAAACUGAUUGAAGUAGGACGGAAUGGCAGUAAAAGCCUCGAUAUUCCUGGUUGUCUGCUUUAUACCCGUACAGGCACAGCUCCACAUCUGACUCACGACACACUCGGCCUUAUAGAAGGAGUUCCUGAACCUGUGCACCUGACAUUAUCUACACUCGCUGAGCACCAUGAAGUUCUGGAGGAGUAUAAAGAAGGCAUUGGAAAGUUCAUAGGUAUGCCAGAGUCGGUUCUGUACUGUUCUUUGCAUGACCCUGCUAGUCCAUGUCCAUCAGGAUACAACACAAACAAAACUGUAUCGGUAUGGGGUGGAGGUGGACGAAUUGAAAUACAUUUGUCAAAGUUCAUGGCAAUGCAACAAGCCUUCAAAGCUGAUUGGUACCAAAGUAUGGCAGAUGGAGAGCCUCUGCCUCCAGGAACUUCAAGGAAGAGGGUAAAGAAAUCAGUGGAUCGUACUCUGGGCUUCUUGGAUGAUUGCCUCAAGAUACAUCAGAAUUCAGAGGUGCUGAAGAACAUGGAGAUUAUAGGUGUAAUAGAAGGAGGAGACAUUCUUGAGGAAAGGCUGAGGUCAGUUACAGAAACUAUGAAGAGGCCGGUUGGAGGUUUCCUUUUGGAUGGUUUUCAGGGAAAGGACAUACCCAGUGACCUGAAACUGAACUUGAUUUCCUCAGUCACAGGAGAACUGCCUGAACAUAAACCCAGGUUGAUCCAUGGGAUUGGAAAGCCAGAUGAAGUGCUGGAAUGUAUAUCAAGAGGAGUGGAUUUGUUUGAAGGGUUCUAUCCCUAUCUGAUGACCGAACAAGGAAGAGCUCUGACAUUCAAUUUUAAAUACAAGAUGGACCCAGAGACAGAAGUACUGGAAAAAAAUGGCUGUGGGGAUAUUGAGAUUAGUAACAAGGCCUUGGGCAAUGAGGGCAAGAUGAUUCCUUUUACAACUGACCUGAGAAGUGAACAAUUCCGUGGUGACUUCAGGGCCUUGCUGGAGGGCUGUUCCUGCUAUUGCUGCAAGAACCACACGCGUGCCUACCUCUACCACCUUCUUGUGACAAAUGAGCUGCUGGCUGGAGUCCUUCUCAUGAUCCACAACCUCCAUCACUACUUUGGAUUCUUCCAGUCUAUCCGUGAUGCUUUGAGAGAUGACAACAUGCAGCAACUUAAGGAGCUCAUUACAAAACAGAAGAUGGAACAUGAACAUGGUUAAUGAUAAUAAUAAUGAAUAUGAUUGACAAGGCAGGUGAUGGGUAUCCAAAGUAUAUAAUGGUUUUGACACAGACAUUGCUUGCUAACAGAUGCUGCAAUGAAUUAUUUGGACCUACUUAAGUGUCAAUCAAUUACUUUGACAUUUGAUGAUACUGUAGUCUUAACCUUGUAGUGCCCAGCAUCCCCAACUCCUCCAUCAUGUUAUGUAUCAUUCACAUUACAUUAAUGUGUGAUAGUUGAAACUGCACAAGGAGUUUGAAAGCUGUGCUUUGACUCAUGCAUGUUUUCAUCAGUGAGAGCAGAUUAUUUUUUAAGAAAAUGUUUUACUUUGAAAGUGUAUGAAUACAAGAAGUCCAGUAACAUUCUGUUGGAAUUGACAGUGCUCCGCUCUGAUGUGUUGAAUUUCAAUACUCACACCACUACCCCCAACAAACAUGUUGAAAUGGAUGACUUUUCUGACUUUUUUUUACCUUUCUGUUUUUAACAUUCCUAUCUAAUUGUGAGUGAAUGUGGCAGAGAUACUUAGAAAAUGCUUGACAGAAUUGAAUUGCUUUUAACUAAAAUCUGCACUCACUGUUUUAGAAUUUACAUUUUGAUGGCUGAAUGUGCAAUUUAUGCACCAACAAGAUCUUUGUCCUUCACUGCCACUGAUGUUAAAAAUGCGGUUUUGGAUGGGUGGAGAAGUUCAACUUGCAGCCGUUGGUUUUGCACCUGUGGGGUGCAGGGAGGCCAAUAUGGCAUCAAACUGUGAGGAUCAGUGGCAUCCAGCAAGUCCGUCCAAAGCAGGUGUAUGCUUGCUUUUACUAAACAAACCUGGAUCCAACACUGGCUGUAAGAUCCCCAUAUCAAUUCCACUUCAAGCUCCUCACUUAGUUGAACCAAGACUUGAGCAUCCUAACCAAUGGUUUUUAAAGGAGCCACAACAUUUUUUCAAAGUUACGUUUUCCUGGAAGUCUGGGGGAGCAGGUGUCCUCUGCCUGGAUCCACAUAACCACUGCAGAUCAUUGCUGGCCUGGGGAAGCCCCCCCCCCCCCCCCACACACACACCCCACAUCUUCCUCUUUUUAGUCAUUAAUUGAGCAGGAAUUUUGUGCAAGUUGAAUUUCUCCUCCAGUAUCUAUUUUUAGUGCCCCAAUUUACUCAACUCUAAGGUAUUAUUCCAUACUCAUUAGUAACAAUGAGUUAAUUCUGCAGAUUAUCAAUUCAUCAAUUUAAAUAAUUAUAUUAUACUUCAAUCUUCCUUUCACAGUUAUUUUAAAAAUUAAGCCUGUAUGAAACAAGAAAAGGGACCUAUUUUAUUUAAUGCAUCAAAAUUGGCUGCAGACAUUUUAGACUGUAAGACUUAUAGAACUUCCUUUGCAAUUUAAAAGCAUUUGAAAAUAUGAAAAUUGAAAGCUGAAGUGCUACCUUUUUAUUAAAGCAGGUAUGUUUUAUCUA